CCACAAUUUACCAAUCAUAGGUUCCUCUCUCUGAAAAAUUUUCCUUCGCCCUUGGACUACGACGGCGACGACGAUGCUCAGGUGCUGUGCCAAGCUCCGAUCUGCGGCGGCGAAGCCAUCUCAAAUUUUAAAUUCCGUUUCUUCCACCCGCAGGAUCUUUCACUCUGCUCCAUCACUAUACCAGCCCCUCCAUUUCUCUUCGAAUAAUUUGAAUUCCAGGUCCCUUUUCAAUGCAUCUCAACAAACUCAUUCUCCGCUCGCCGCUUACCAGUGUAUUCGCUCUUCGCCCUUGCCUCUCUCUGUUGUUCAAGUGCGGCAUGUUUCAUCAAGAGACCGGCGGAAUAAGAGAAAGCCAACGACGCCAGCCACUUCCAAAUUGAAGAAAACUAAACUGAAAGCUUACUCGUCUUACAAGUCUAGGUUUUGGUUGAUGAAGGAUGGGAGCAUUAAACGUCGAAUGGAAGGGAAAAGGCACAAUGCACAUUCCAAGUCUAAAAGAUCAAAGCGGAAACUGAGAAAACCUGCCAUUGUCCCAUUAGCUUAUGCCAAGGUAAUGAAGAAGCUCAACUUUUGCAGUUAGGUUAUUUGGUUUGUUCCUUCUCUUGUACUAUUAUAUGGAUUGAACGAGCUUUAAACAUCACCACUCAACUGCUUCUUCUUUUUCCUUUUUUGGAUUUAGAAUUCAAAACUCUUAGAACAAACUAAGAUGGACAAUAAUUAUUUCUUUGUUAUAUGAAGUGAUUAUAGAGGUUGUUGUGAUUUCAAAUAGAGGUUUAUCUUUUUAUUGUCA